AUCCAAAAUACUUACAAUUUGAGUAGGAUUAGCUGGCAAGGAGAUCCAUGUGCUCCUAUAGAGUUCUUAUGGGAUGGUUUAAACUGUGACAACGCAAAUGCUUCAGAGCCACCUAUAGUCACUUAUUUAAAUUUAUCAUCAAGUCAACUAACGGGGAUCAUCGCGCCUGUCAUUCAAAAUCUAACUAACCUAAAAGAAUUAGACUUGUCAAAUAACAAUUUGACUGGAGGAGUACCGGAGUUUCUUGCUGGCAUGAAAUCACUCUUGCUCAUAAAUUUAAGUGGGAACAAUCUGAAUGGCUCUAUUCCUCAAGUUCUUCUUAAGAAAAAAGGACUAAGACUAAUUCAUGAUGGAAACCCAGAUCUUAUUUGUGCGGAUGAAUUAUGUGCUAACAAAUCCAUUGGUUCCAAGAAAAAGAAUAGUGUAGUACCUAUUGUUGUAUCGGUCGUGGUCCUGGUUGUUCUUGGAUCUGCUUUGGCUUUCUUUUUUGUAUUCAGGAAGAAAAAGACACCAAACAGUGCAGAUCCUAGAACAACCAGAUCUUCAGUACCGGCAAUAAUGACGAAAAACAGAAGAUUUACUUACUCGGAGGUUGUAGCAAUGACAAAUAACUUUGAAAGAAUCCUUGGUAAAGGAGGAUUUGGAAUGGUCUAUCACGGAACUGUAAAUGGUACUGAACAAGUAGCUGUUAAAUUGCUCUCACACUCAUCUUCUCAAGGGUAUAAGGAAUUCAAAGCAGAGGUGGAACUUCUUCUCAGAGUUCACCACAAAAAUUUAGUUCGCCUCGUUGGAUUUUGUGAUGAAGGAGAAAAUCUGGCUCUCAUAUAUGAAUACAUGGCUAACGGAGACUUGAGAGAACAUAUGUCGGGAAAACGAGGGGGGUCUCUUCUGAAUUGGGAAACUAGACUAAAAAUAGUCGUCGAAUCUGCACAAGGUUUGGAAUACUUGCAUAAUGGAUGCAAACCACCUAUGAUUCAUAGGGAUGUCAAAACCACAAACAUAUUAUUGAAUGAACAUUUUCAGGCUAAGUUAGCUGAUUUUGGGCUUUCGAGAUCUUUUCCGGUUGAAGGAGAAACUCAUGUGUCCACGGUUGUUGCUGGAACCCCUGGAUACCUUGAUCCAGAGUAUUAUCGAACAAACUGGUUGAACGAAAAAAGUGAUGUUUAUAGCUUCGGAAUUGUACUAUUAGAGAUCAUCACAAAUCAGCCUGUAAUCAAUCAAAAUCGUGAAAAACCAUACAUUUCAGAAUGGGUUGGGUUAAUGCUUACAGAAGGAGACAUCCAAAACAUUGUGGAUCCAAAACUCCAUGGAAAUUGUGACUCUGGUUCUGUUUGGAGAGUAGUUGAACUAGCAAUGUUGUGUCUAAAUCCUUCUUCUGCUAGAAGACCAACCAUGUCCCAAGUCGUUACCGAAUUAAACGAGUGCUUGGCAUAUGAAAACUCAAGGGAAGGAACGAGCCAAAACAUGAACUCACAGAGUUCUAUAGAAGUGAGAAUGAACUUUGGUAUUGGAACUAUCCCUGAUGCUUGCUAGACAGCAAAAAUGAUAUUUUCUUUGUUCUAUUGGUUUAAUCUUCUUUUUCUUUUUUUUAACUAUUUAAACACUUCUGAAAUGAAUUUGUGUCAUUGAGUAAUAUGAUAUUGUAUUGCAAUCAA